AAAAACGCCAACGAUGAACUUCUACUUACUCUCAUGUCUGUUGUUGGUUGAAGCGUUUGUGGCCUGUCGUGCUGGAGUGCCAUCUGCCGCUGAACUGCAGCAGAUCGUCGACAAACACAACAAGUUGAGGAGUCAGGAGGGAUCAUCCAAAAUGCAGCCCAUGAAAUGGAGUGACAAGUUGGCAGGCUACGCAGCAACCUGGGCUAAGGGGUGCCAGUUCAAACACGGUCAACCCCCAGAGGCUGGCUCUGGUCACAUCGGACAAAAUCUCUACGUGUCAACGGUCAAGUCACCAAAUUACGACGGAGCCGUUCAGAAUUGGUAUAACGAGAAACCUGACUACAACUUGGCUGCGAAUUCUUGCACUCAUGGAAAAAUGUGUGGACAUUAUACACAGAUAGUCUGGGCGACCACCACUGAAGUAGGCUGUGCAGCUCAAGUUUGCGACAGCAUUGGAGGCACUUCCUUCCGCGGUGGACACAUCGUCGUCUGUAACUACUUGCCUCCAGGCAAUUGGGUUGGCCAGAAACCAUACUAGUUGGAAAAAUUAUGGACAAGUAGCCGGAUUUUCAAAAACGAUGCGUUCACAGUUAAAUGAUAAACGUUAUCAGAGUAAUUUGCAAAUGUUAAACAAAAAUAACUUUGAAAUUAUGAAUAAAGUUGUACAAAUUGA